AUGCACGUCCUUUCGUUUAUUAUACAUUCGCUUAUUACCAUCAUCCCUGCCGCAUCGGCUUUCUCUCUGCCAUUCAAACAUACUCGAGAUUCAUCGUGUGUCAAUAGUGCAUCUAACAGAGCAUGCUGGACCGAUGGAUUUGACAUCUCAACCAACUACUACGAGAAAGUACCGGACACUGGCGUAGUCCGGGAAUAUUGGUUUAAUGUGGAGAAUACCACAGCUGCUCCUGACGGUGUCGAGAUGCCUGUGCAAUUGAUCAAUGGGUCCUUCCCAGGUCCUACUAUCAUUGCUGACUGGGGUGAUACUGUUGUCAUUCACGUCACAAAUUCUCUGCAGAAUAAUGGGACCGGUCUUCACUUCCACGGCAUCCGCCAGAACUUUACCAACCAAAUGGAUGGUGUUCCCAGUAUCACACAGUGUCCUAUUGCACCAGGAGAGUCAUACACCUACCGUUGGCGCGCGGCCUGGGAUGGAGUCUUUGGUGGAAUCAUCAUUAAUGGGCCAGCAACGGCCAACUACGACAUUGAUCUCGGCCAUGUCUUUUUGAAUGACUGGUACCAUCAAACUGCCGAUCAACUAGUUCUCGAAGCAGCGACCGGUGGUCCCCCUACAGCGCCGAAUGGGUUGAUCAAUGGAACCAAUACCUGGGGCGAUAAAGGCACUUUCGUUUCAAUGAUCGACGACCAUAACCUUGAAGUGAUUGCAAACGAUUUCGUUCCCAUCCACCCGUUCAACACAACUCAGCUUAGCAUUGGAAUGGGCCAACGCUAUGACGUUAUUGUCACUGCUAAGGAGCUCACUAGUGAAAACUUCUGGCUGCGCGCAAUCCCUCAAGAGGCUUGCUCCGAGACUGAUUUAACAAGCAAAGUCAAAGGAAUAAUUCGCUACGAUAAUUCCUCGACCGUGGAUCCAACCACUUCCGCUUAUGAAUAUACUGACUUCUGCGCCGACGAGGAAUCGUUCGAUCUCAUCCCUUAUCUCCAGGUGAAUGCUUCUGAUACAUAUGCCUAUGGUGAGAAAGAGGAAGUUGAGGUUCAGGUUACGGACAAUGCGAUGUUGUGGUUGAUGAACAAAACUUCAUUUGAUACCCAGUGGGAAUAUCCGACUCUUAUGCAAGUAGCCGACAAUAACCAGACCUGGCUGGCUCGACAACGUGUGAUUCAUCUUCCCGAGGCUAAUAGAUGGGUGUACUUUGUGAUCCACUCCCCCUUUGCACAGGAUCAUCCGAUGCAUUUACACGGACAUGACUUCUGGGUCUUAGACUCAGGAUAUGGGAAUUUUGACCUGUCGAUGAAGUGCGAACUAACCUUGGUGAAUGCUCCACGACGAGAUGUUUUAAUGCUGCCUGCGAGUGGAUAUGUGGUUAUCGCCAUGAAGACAGUCAACCCAGGGGCCUGGCUGAUGCAUUGUCAUAUCGCUUGGCAUACAUCUGAGGGGUUUGCUAUUCAGCUCCUUGAGCGUGAAUCGGAGAUACGGCUCAACGACGAGGUCCUUAAUUCUACUUGUAAGGGCUGGCAAAACUAUGCUGUAGAGGAUGAUGUCGUUCAGCAUGACUCUGGCGUUUAA